GCGUUUGCUGGCAAUAAAAGAGGGCGGGGAAGUGGAAAGGCAUCGCAUGUUGAGAUGAGCGGGCUCUCCGAGGAGCAAUUAUUCAGCUCAUCGUCUUGUUUGCCUACUUCCUAAAAACCAUGAAGUGACAGGCUAUACUCGCCUUUUGAAUUGCUCGCAAGCACCCCAGUGACGUCCUCCGUGGAAAAAAAAAAAAAAAAAAGAAAACGGGGGGCUGCAAACUGCGACUGCCUGGUUGUGACUCAUUCGCGACCGGUUGCAGUGACAGAAGAAAGCUUUAAUUAGCUGCAUUUUUCUUUUCCCGCCGAACCGAGCGCGCACUCGUCUUUUUCAUCCUUGCCCACCCCCCUCCUCCCUCUGCCGUCUGGAGCCAGUGGGAAGGAUAUGAUGCACCUCCGCGGAGUUGCUCCACAACAAGAAAUGUCACCGACUUCUGCCGGAGCAAAGCUUCACGUAUUGACUACAUUUGCUCUUUACGGCUUGUGUUGAUUUAUUGGGAUUUGAGCGGAGUUUGACGCGGCCGGAGUCGUGUUUGGAUUGAUUUGCGCGAGAAGCUUCGCCAUUCAACAAGCUGGCGGCGAGGAGGCGAUGGGCGCAGCGAGCCUCCUUCACGGACCGCGUCUUGCUUGCAGUCUAGCCCAGCUUGUUGAAUCUCCUCCACGGUGACGAGCGACAAUGCCUUCGCGUUGAGAAACUUCUCUGUCUAUCCAUCCUAAUCUCUCGAUUUAGUUGUUUUGUUUUAUUUAUUUAUUUAUUUUUUUUAAAGAAAAAAUUAAGUUUAGCAUGGCUCGUCCCGUUCUAUUCACCGAGCUGGGCUCUGUGUGGAGAUUGUUUUGCCUCAUGCGGACUGCGCUGGAUCUGGCGCUGGCUCAGGAGAUCUACGCGCCGCAUUCGAUCCGCACCGAGGGGCACUUGACUCUCGGCGGACUUUUCCCCGUCCACGCCAGAGGGGUGGACGGUGCGCCGUGCGGGGACCUGAAGAGGGAGAACGGCAUCCAGCGGCUCGAAGCCAUGAUGUACGCGCUGGACCAAAUCAACCAGGACGAGCAACUCUUGCCCAACAUCACCCUGGGCGCCCGGGUGCUGGACACUUGUUCGAGGGAUACAUACGCGCUGGAACAGUCUCUAACUUUCGUCCAGGCCCUCAUCACAAAGGACACCUCGGAUGUGAGGUGCACCAACGGGGAGCCGCCGGUUUUCGUCAAGCCUGAAAAAGUGGUGGGAGUCAUCGGAGCCUCCGCGAGUUCGGUAUCCAUCAUGGUUGCCAACAUCCUACGCCUCUUCCAGAUCCCGCAGAUCAGCUAUGCAUCCACAGCUCCAGAGUUGAGUGAUGACAGGCGUUACGACUUCUUCUCAAGGGUGGUUCCUCCAGACUCCUUCCAGGCCCAGGCCAUGGUGGACAUAAUCCGAGCAAUGGGCUGGAGUUAUGUCUCCACUAUUGCCUCAGAGGGCAGUUACGGAGAGAAAGGAGUUGAGGCCUUCACACAACUCUCCAAAGAAGCAGGUGGAAUCUGCGUCGCCCAGUCUUUGAAAAUUCCACACAACCCCAAGAUGGAAGAUUAUGACAAAGCCAUCCAACAACUGCUGGAAACCAAGCACUCGAGGGCAGUCAUCAUCUUUGCCAAUGAAGAAGACAUACGGGGAGUCUUGAACGCCACUAAGAGGGCCAAUCACGUGGGUCAUUUUCUUUGGAUUGGAUCUGACAGCUGGGGGGCCAAAAGCAGUCCCAUCCACCAGCUGGAGGAUGUAGCAGUGGGAGCCAUCACUAUACUGCCCAAGCGCUCUUCUAUUAAAGGGUUUGAUGAAUACUUUACUGCACUCACACUGGAGAACAAUCGCAGAAACGUUUGGUUUGCGGAAUACUGGGAGGAGAACUUUGAUUGCAGGCUUCUCAGUGCAUCCAAGAAAGAAGACACCAGUCGUAAAUGCACAGGCCAAGAACGCAUCGGGAUUGACUCAAAAUAUGAGCAGGAGGGGAAGGUGCAGUUUGUGAUUGAUGCAGUGUAUGCCAUGGCCCACGCGUUGCACAACAUGCAGAGGGACUUGUGUCCCGACCGUACUGGCGUCUGUCCACAAAUGGAGUCUGCUGAAGGGAAAACUUUGCUCAAGUACAUCCGGAAUUCCAGUUUCAAUGGCAGUGCUGCCACCACAGUGGUCUUCAAUAAGAACGGUGAUGCUCCAGGACGCUAUGACUUGUUCCAGUUCCAGAUGGUCAACUCCUCUGUUCCGGAAUACAAGGCGAUCGGGCAGUGGGUGGAGAACCUCCAGCUCAGGCUGGAGGAGCUUCAGUGGCCCGAUGGGGAGCAGGAGGUGCCCAUCUCAGUGUGCAGUCUACCUUGUAAGACUGGCGAGAGAAAGAAGAGGGUUAAAGGGAUGCCGUGCUGCUGGCACUGUGAGCUCUGUGACGGAUACCAGUACCAGUACGACGAAACCUCCUGCAGACUGUGCGCAUACAAUAUGAGGCCCAACCCCAACAGGACUGCCUGUCAGCCCAUACCUAUCACCAAACUAGAGUGGCAUUCCCCGUGGGCCGUCAUCCCAGUCUUCCUGGCUAUGCUGGGCAUCAUCGCCACCAUUUUCGUCAUGGCCACGUUCGUACGUUAUAAUGACACGCCCAUUGUGCGUGCGUCCGGCCGAGAGCUUAGCUACGUGCUUCUGACCGGCAUCUUCCUGUGCUACAUCAUUACCUUCCUUAUGAUCGCUAAGCCCGACGUCGGCGUGUGCGCCUUCCGCAGGAUCUUCCUGGGUCUGGGCAUGUGCAUCAGCUAUGCGGCGCUGCUCACCAAGACCAACCGCAUAUAUCGGAUCUUCGAGCAAGGCAAGCAGACAGUCACGGCCCCUCGCUUCAUCAGCCCCACUUCCCAAAUCGCCAUAACUUCCAGUCUGAUCUGCGUGCAGCUCCUGGGGGUUCUAGUGUGGUUUGCAGUGGACCCUCCAAACACUAUCAUUGACUAUGAUGAGCAGAAAACUAUAAACCCCAUGUUGGCCCGUGGCGUACUCAAGUGCGACAUAACGGACCUGCAGAUUAUCUGCUCGCUGGGCUACAGUAUCCUGCUAAUGGUAACUUGUACCAUCUAUGCCAUCAAGACAAGAGAUGUACCCGAGGACUUCAACGAAGCCAAGCCCAUUGGCUUCACCAUGUACACCACCUGCAUAGUCUGGCUGGCUUUCAUCCCCAUUUUCUUUGGCACAGCCCAGUCUGCUGAGAAGCUCUACAUCCAGACAACUACCCUAACCAUCUCAAUGAACCUCAGUGCCUCAGUAGCACUAGGCAUGCUCUACAUGCCCAAGGUGUACAUCAUUAUCUUCCACCCUGAGCUCAAUGUACAGAAGAGGAAACGUAGCUUCAAGGCAGUGGUCACAGCUGCUACCAUGUCGUCACGGUUGUCCCAGAAACCCAGCGAGAGACCCAACGGAGAAGCCAAGACUGAGCUGUGUGAGAACCCUGCUGCUGACCCUAUGAGUCAAGCAACCAAGAAGACUUACGUGAACUACAACAACCUCAGGAUCUGAUGUGCUGGAGGAUGAAUGCUGCUUGUUUGUCAUUUGUGAUUGAAAAGAAAAUAGUGAAGCUCCAGAGGAACAGGAGAGGAAUGCAGGUAUCCCAGCAUUUCUUGCAGCACUCGAUAGGAUGGCGGACCGCAUCCCACCUCCAUCCAGACUUGACAGAGACUAGCAGUGCUGUGGACUGCUGCGACUGCAUCACGUGUUGGUAUUGAAACGGCAGACCAGACCGGAGAGCAAGCUGACCACUAAAAGGGCUCAGCGUAGACGAGGGCAUUAAGGACGGUGGAUCUGCUUUCAAGAUUCUUUCUUUUACAAUGUCAUUAAAGCCAUAUUCUCUUGGGGUUCCCAUUAUCUGAUUUUUCUUCUGUAUUGUUUCUAAGUGAUUUUCUUCUGUGCCUCUAUUGCUCCAAGUACAUCAAAUUACCUUGAACAGCGAACUCUGCCACAUACAGUAUUUUGUUUUACAGAAAUCAACUUAAAAAAAAAAAAAAAAAAAAGCCUAACCCACAUGAUGAUUAUAUUUGAGUGAUGGGCGUUGUACGUAUAUUUUUUUGUAAAUAUUUGAGAGUAUUUUCAUGUUUGGAGUACUAAAAUAGAUAAGCAGUCUGUGUUCAAUGGCAUUUGGAUGGUAAUGACAAGCACCACAAAGUGUUGACUUUGCAUGUGCCAAUGUUUGUCUGUUCUAUUUGAUGUAAGCAAAAUAAAUUUAAAAAAAAAAAUAAAGAAAUAAAAGAUAACGAUAAUGAGCUUCGCCACUCUCCUGCGCUUUGUUUUUCUCUUACAGGAAAUCAUUGAAAUGACAGAAUAUGGCUUUAAUCUGUUGCUGGAUUGACCCCUCUUGUAUGUGAAAGCAUGUUUGUUUUUGUAGCCUUUUCUCGUGGUACCUAGCAACUGUGUGACAAGCAAUCACAGCGCCCGUGCAAGUAUGUUGUGAUGUCUGUCAAUUUAUGAACAUGUAAUAAAUGAGUUUGUUAUCUUUUAUACAAUGAAAGUGCCACAGCAUAUCCCAGUUCUUUCAGUGAGUGUGUGUGUGUGUGGGUCUUCACUAACAUGUUCAGACUGAUGUAUGAAUAAGCGCUAUUAAUCACCACAGCGUUUAUGUAAACUGAUGCAAAUGUCACUGUCUCGUCCCCAGCUAAACAGGCCAUGUUAGAAAGUCGAGUGAGCAACGCUGUCAUGCGGAGAUGAGACCCAGCGAGAGGAGGGAAAGUCUACUCUCAUACUCCUUCACUCGCCCCUUUGCUCUUUUCUGUCUCACCCCGUGUUCAUCCCCACUGCUGCGACUCCUUCCAAGUUCCAGCAGCCGUGUCAGAUCAGUUUGUCCCUGCUGAAGUUCAACCUUUAGCAGCUAAAUUCCUCUCACUCUAUCUCCAGCCUCAAAGCAUGUGUGUUUUUUUUUUUUUUUUAAUACAGUGGUGCCUCGGGAUACAAAGUUUUAGCUUUUUUUUUUUUUUUUUAAUUCGAAGAAGUUUAAAUUUGAGUUGUGAGCACUCUGUGAUGGCAUCGAUCUCAAUGAUGUGGUGACAGAAAAAUGAAAGGUGCGCACCUCCCUUUUUAGGGCUCAAUAAAGUGUAGUGAUUUUAUUUACAAUACUUCAAAACAACCAAUUCGGUACCCUACCUUUAGCGAACUAUUCCUGUGCUGUGUAAGAUAAUGGUUCUUCUGUUUUCAUCUUAAAGGCCCUUUCACACUUCACUUUGCAACAUGAAGCAUGCGGUUGAUUUACCCGUUUAUUGUGUAUUUGGCAAGGGGUCGGUUCCUACGCAAUGGAGUGUGCUGGGUGAUCUGUGUGUCCCCACAAAAAAUAAAUAAAUAAAUAAAUCACAUGUUCUAUUUGAAAGUGGCGCUGCAGUGACAUCAGAAAGUGCGUCCAAUAGGAGAUAUACUGGCAGCUGGAUCUCCUGCUAUUUUGGUGGUCAUAUUCACCAGUACCAGCAUAAGGAAAAUGGAAGAAUGCCUUGAUAAAUGUGCUUUCUUACUGUUACCCGAGCUUUGGGACACUCAAAAAGGGCUUUACUCACGAAUGGGAUUAAUCUCGCCACGUUCCCCCUGAAACUAGUAGAGCCCUUUUCACGGCUGCUAUAAUCCCUUCCUCCUUAAAAUGAGUAAAAAUGUGGCUUUCUUGUGGAAGAAUAAAAAUACAUAGAACUAAUUCUCAUCUAAGAACAAAAAGACAUGCCGUUUUCUACCUGAAAUGCUACUACGUCAGAAAAUCCAAAUGUAUCCAUGCAGGCAAGUGGAGACACGACAUCUUUCCACAUUGAAACUGGAUCAUCUCACAGUAGAGUGCAUAUGUGAAAAGGUCUUUACUUAAUAAGGCAUGCAUGCAUGUGAAAAACAAAGGGUAACCUCCUGCGUGGGAAAAUUAAAACCCUACAGUACCAGCAAUUGCCACUGGAAGGUGGCAACAAAACUGAGCCAACUCCUAUUUACUACAAUUCAAAAAUGUUCAAUUUCACAAACGAAAUAAAUCUGCUUAAAAUCUGGUACAAAGUUUGAAUUUGUAUGAAUGUGUUUAUGGCGACAUAAUUGCUUCAUGACAAUUUCACGGGGAGUGUAUGUUUUUGAACAAAGAUCGUUAAAUUGUAUUCUCUCUUUAAUAAAAAUACAAAAUUCUGUCAUAUGCAUUACCAGAAACAUUUCUCUAACUUUGGAACUAUUGUGGUGCUUGCCCAUUUUAUAGCAUUCGGUGACAUAGACAAUUCGGCCGAAAUGUAAUAACAAAAUUUGGUUUCGAAUUGAGUCCGAAAUGUUUUUUUCAUUGAAACACCACCGCCGAAUUCGAAAGUUCUAUUGGCGAAAGCAAAGAGCACACUAGCCUGCACUUUUCUGGCUUCUAGAGGCAGCAUGUCUGGUGAAUGAGGGUGUGUUUUUUUGUCACAGCUGUUAGCACUAGGGUUAACAAGAUUCGUGUCAGGUGUUGGGGGACAAGGACAACCUGAUGUCAGGUGGGCUACUGGAACAAGACACAGAUGGAGCAGGACGUAGAACAGGGUGUUAAUGGAGUGCUACUACAGCAGCAACCCAUGCGAAAGAGGGUACAUGCAGACAAUGUGGGAAGAAUGGUUACUUCGAAAUCCCACAUCCACACUGACCAAGAAACAACUACUAGCUCCGUGUUCUAAUAUCCGCAAGAAGAACUUGCUAUCACAGUUAGAGAUUAAUGAGGCACAAUGUGUCUCAUCCGAGGUGCAAAGAUGCUACGGCAAGGGGGAGCCAGGACGACAGGUCAAGUGGGAGGUGGUUUCAUCAUUACCCCCAACAUCGAGAUUGGGUACCAAGCCCCAAGAGCAGCGGAAGAAAAUGAGAGAGCAGCAGACCUGAGAGAGAAGAUCAUGAAGUACUGGGGGAACUCGACUACCUCCUGCCUGCCAAGGCUAACAAACAAAGUACCAUGAGAAUCUUUACUGGAGGAUGUAAACACAGCACUGCUGUACAUCCCCACGGUAAACAUCACAGAGACCAAUCAGUUGAUAUAUGCAGCAGCAUCAGUCAUCCUAGUGUCACUUGGCUACAAAAUAAACAGCGCCAGUAGCCGGAAAGAGCCUCCAUGGAAACGAUGGCUAGAGGCAAAAAUUAUUGCAACAAGGAGAAAGGUUAGCCUCCGAACACAGCUGAACAAAGGUGUGAAACCUAAGAAAAAAACUGCCCAGGAAAUGCAGCAAGCUGUCCACAGCUGAGGCACUGGAGACUGCUUAGCAAAGGCUCACAGCCCUUGCUAGCCGCUUAAAGAGGUACACAAAAGAAGUAGAGGCCAGAAGAAUAAACAUUAUGUUCUCCAAGAAUCCAGCAAAGGUCUACUCUCAGUGGCAGGGUAGUAAGACCACAGCAGACCCACCCAGGGCUGAGACUGAACAAUACUGGAAGAGUAUCUGGGAAAAAAAGGCUUCUCACAACACUAACGCCCAAUGGCUGGCAGACCUGCAGUCAGAACAUCGCAACAUCCCAGGAGAAGACCGAUGUCGUCAUCACAACACCUGACAUCCAAAUGAGACUGUCCAAAAUGAAGAACUGGACAGCUCCAGGCCCCGACAAGAUUCAUACCUACUGGCUUAAGAAGCUAACUGCACUCCAUGAACGCCUUGCAGCACGAAUGAACCAGCUGCUGAAGUCAGGGACCCACCCAGAGUGGCUAACCCAAGGUCGGACAGUCCUCAUCAUGAAGGACCCGCAGAAGGGAACAGUACCAACCAACUACCUGCCUAUAACCUGCCUCCGCACCACAUGGAAGCUCCUAUCAGGUAUCAUAGCAGCUAAAAUGAGCAGGCACAUGGAGCACUACAUUGACAGGGCACAGAAAGGGAUUGGCAAUUACACCAGGGGGGGAGCAUAGCGCCAAGGACAGGGCAGUCACCAGAGACAAGGCAGUCCAGAGACUGCAAGGCCAGGAGCACCAACCUACAAGAAAGCCUAUGACUCAAUGCCACACACAUGGAUACUGGAAUGCUUGAAGCUGUAUAGCAUCAACAGGACACAAAGCACCUUCCUCCAGAACUCAAUGGGGAUGUAGAAGACAACUCU